AUGCAACCUGAAUUCUUUCCCGAUCCUCAUAGCGAGGCACCGGCUCUCAAUCCCAGCAUUACGAUUCAACCUCUCUGUGGAGAACCUACAACUAAAGUGAAAUCUGAAUCACAAGCUAAAAAUCGCCAUCCCAUUCGCGUCCCUCCAAUCCCAACAGGUAGAUCUCGCCACCUGCAAAUCGAGACCCUCAGAACACCUCAGGAAGGUUCAAGUGUCGUUGAAAACACCGUCGAUAUGGAUUGGAGCCGAAAGCGCAUUGCUUCUGCAGAACUCAAACCAAAUGUGAAGCAUGUCAAGGUGGAAGAGGUUGAUCAGGCAAUGCCCAUACGGAAGACCAAGACCAAAUCGUCUGAAAAGAAAAGCCCACGAAUUUUACAAUUUAAACCAGUCUGUGGUGGCGUACCUGGAGUUAGUGAUUUUGAUACUGUACACAGAUUCUUGAGCAUAUCGCUAGGAUCAGGUUCAGGAGAUGUCAACGGAAGUAGCAAAAUCGAUCGUUUUGAAGAGGACUUGAGUGAUUCGAAGCUCAAUCAAGGAUCUUCAAAAAGGUCUUCAAAAGCCGUUUCAUUCUCAGCUAAAGACAUCCAAACGAAGGCCAGAAAGGAACCUUGUGUCUCGAGCAAGGGUGAGAAUAUUAAAGACAAACAGGUUGGGGACUUGAUAGACUUUUCGGAUUCAGAGAUCAUGGACACUGGAAAUCUAGUUAUCGGCAAGGAAACUCCACCAAUCGCCUUCGCAAAGUCCAACAAGGCUUUGAACACAGCCAAAGGCAGCGCAAAAUCCGGGGUUGAUAUAUUUCUUGAAGAAAGAGGCCGCGAAGAACGCAUCUCUGCGCUUGAAUGCUCUACAACCCAGUUGGGUGAAAAACUCGAAUUAAAUACAACAAAUUGUUUUCGACACAGUAUGCAGCUUGAAAAGCAUGAUCACUCGAUUUCCAACAUGCAAAGCAACAUGGACCGCGUUGAACGUGUUGAAAGCAAAGUCUUGGCAAUCGCAACACUUGAAGAGAAGUUCAAGUCCUUGGAACACGAGGUGAUCAAAUUACGUACUCAGUUGGGGAGAGCAAUGCGGGAGAUCUCUACCCAUGAGGAUAUGUUUGUGAGGCUUAUGGAGCCAGCGGAAGUGGAAACAAGCUCGGAAGAUGAUGAUUCCAAUGCUAACGAGUCUUAA